AUGUGUCUCUUGAACGCCUCUUGUGAAUUGGCCUCCAAAGACCCUUCCCUCGCUGCUUACUCUUCCGUUCUACUCACCUCUCGCGUCCAGCCAGCCUGGGUUCCUUUGGCAAGGCCACGAACACGACUGCAACAGAUGCUUUAUUCUUCGAUUCAUUAUACUUCUAUUAUGCCUCAAUUCACCGGAUGGUUUCAUAUUAGUUUAUCUGAAGAUUAUUGCUCAUCAGUAUUGGGUUGUGGUGACCUAAUAGAGACUCCAUUUGUUGCUAUCGAAACAUCAGUUUCUAGUAGCUCAGAAUUCUCUUUACACAAACCUUCUAGAAAAAGCUGUUUGUCAUCAAUUAGAGCUGAUGCUGACAAAAGGCACUUGUUAUCUAUCGACUCAUCUCCCUCAAAUAAGUCUCCCGCGUGUCACGUAAGUGACUUUAUGUCAUCCUUGGAUAAUGAUAGCUCUACCGAACCAAGCAAGGAUCGUAGGACUUGGAUACUCACUGGAUGGCCAACAAUCCUUUAUGCAAACCAAGAGUUAGAGUCCUUUGCCUCAGAUAAGUGUAUAUUCGGACAAGAGGAAUUAGCUACGUAA